UUGCUACUAGUCUGCUAGCUACUCGCACAGUAAUCUGUCCUCUCCUUGUACUUAAUUCCUCGCACAGUAAUCUGUCUUCCACUUCACCUGCUAGUCCGCUUUCCCCAUCCUCUUGUCGUGCUCACACGGUCACGCCAUCGGCGAUCGCCGAUCGAGGAACUGCCUCUGUUCUGCCGGCUGCCGCGUCUGAUGGAGGAGGUGGAAGCCGGUUUGCUGGAGGGCGGGAUCGGGUGGCUGGCGGAGACCAUCCUGGAGAACCUGGACGCCGACAAGCUGGAUGACUGGAUUCGCCAGGUUGGGCUCGCCGAUGACACGAAGAAGCUCAGGUCUGAGAUCGAGAGGGUGGAUGGGGUGGUGGCUGCCGUGAAGGGGAGGGCGAUCUGGAACAGGUCGCUGGCCCGAUCGCUCCGUCGUCUCAGGGAGCUGCUCUACGACGCCGACGACGCGAUCGACGAGAUCGACUACCACAGGCUCCAGCAUCAGGUCCAACGAGGAGAUGCAUGGCACGGCGACCCUGAUGAAAGCGCGGAUGGGCAUGGAGCAGAGCAAACAGGGAGACCUCGGAGGGGCAAGGUUGGUGAAGCGAGCGGCAGCGGUGGCAAAAGACGGUCCGGGAUAUGGCAGCACUUUGAGAGCGUGGAAAAUAAUGCGAAAGCCAGGUGUGUCGACUGUGGCACGGUGGUCAAAUGCGGCUCCGACAAUGGGACUUCGGUUUUGCACAAUCACCGCAAAAGUGGCAAAUGUAAAAGGACACGUGGAGCAACUGAUCAACCGCCAAACCCUCCGAGGUGUGCCAGCGAGGGCGGAGCAAAUUCAUUUGCAGCUGGUAAUUCAGUCGGCAGAAAAAGGAUGAGAACCGAGGGUGCAUCAGCAGACAACGUGGCUGCUAGUAUGCACCCUUGGAACAAGACUGAACUUUCCAACACGAUCCAACAAAUGACUCAUCAGUUACAAGAGGCCAUGAAUGAGGUUAUGAAGCUACGUGGAUCGGACAAUUUUGUGAGUUCAAACUUCCAUCAUAAUACAACUUCUGAUUCACGCCUAAAAACAUCGAGCCUUCUCCAAAGGAAAAUGUACGGUAGAGUUGAUGAGAAGAACUCCAUCAUAAAGAUGAUAACAGAAGCCAAAUCUGAUGGUGUAACUGUUAUCCCUAUUGUUGGGAUUGGAGGUAUUGGCAAGACGGCUCUCGCUCAAUUCGUAUACAAUGAUCCAGAUGUGAAAAGUUUAUUUGAGGACAAAAUGAUCUGGGUGUGGCUGUCUAACAACUUUGACGAAGAGCAACUAACGAGAGAGAUGCUAGAUGUUGUCUGUCAAAAAAAACAGGAAGGAUCAUGCAACUUUUCUAAGCUUCAAGAGAUCUUGAAAAGCCAUAUGAAACCAACGAGGUAUCUACUUGUAUUAGAUGAUGUCUGGGAUGAUAUGAAUAAUUACCGAUUGAACAAAUUGUUGGCUCCUUUCAAUUCUAACAAUGCAGAGGGAAAUGUGAUUAUUAUGACAACUAGAAUAUGGUCUGUUGCAAAAAGGAUUGGCACUGUUAAACCAAUUGAGUUAGGUGCUUUGGAAAAGGAAGACUCCUGGAUGUUAUUCAAACAAUGUGCAUUUGGUGAUGAGAACCACGAACUAUGUGGAAGUCUAAGCAUCAUGGGGCAGAAAAUAGAAGAUAAAUUAGAUGGGAACCCCUUAGAAGCAGAAAAUAUUGGAGAACUAUUACGUGAGCAUCACACAGUUGAGCAUUGGAAUAAUAUUCUCAAGACCGAAGACUGGAAAUCCAUGCAGCUCAGUGGAGGCAUCAUGCCAAGUUUGAAGCGUAGCUAUGAUAUGCUUCCCUACCAGUUAAAGCAAUGUUUCUUGUAUUGUUCUCUUUUCCCCAAGGGUUACUCUUUCAGUAAAGAACAACUGAUACAAAUAUGGAUUGCUCAAGGAUUUGUAGAAAAAUCCAGUGAGAGGUUGGAGCAGAAAGGUAGGAAAUAUCUAGCUGAGUUGGUGGACUCUGGUUUCUAUCAGCAUGUUGAAAGAACAUCAGAACAUUUUGUUAUGCACGAUCUUAUGCAUGAUUUAGCAAAAUUGGUUUCACAAUCAGAAUUUGCAACCAUAGAUGGGUCAGAGUGCGAAGAGCUACCAUCAACUAUUCGUCAUGUGUCAAUAUUGACCGAUUCUGCAUACAACAAGUAUGAAGAUGGAGAUUUUUCUCGUAAUGAGGAGUUUGAGAGAAGGUUGCUGAAAGUUAGAUCAAGAAGUAAGUUGAAGACCUUGGUAUUUAUUGGGGAAUAUGACUCUCAUUUUCUCAAAUCCUUCCAAGAUGCUUUCAAGGAGGCAAAACACUUGCGGCUGCUGCAGAUCACUUCAAUGUAUGCUGAUUUUGAUUAUUUUAUUUCCAGUUUGGUAUACUGUACACAUCUCCGUUAUCUGGGACUUGAGAACGAGACCCAGCGAACUUUGCCCCAAGCUCUAAGCAAGUGUUACCAUCUUCAAGUACUACAUAUUGGCUCAUGUGGAACUCCCAAUAUACCUGAAGAAAUAAAUAAUCUUGUCAGCCUUCAGCAUCUUGUUGCACAAAAGGGAGUUUGGUCUUCUAUUGCUAACAUUGGUGAAAUGACCUCACUUCAGGAAUUAACAAAUUUCAAGGUUGAGAAUUCUAUUGGCUUUGAGAUAACACAACUUCAACGCAUGAGCGAGCUUGUAGAACUGGGUGUGUCUCGACUUGAAAACGUUACAACUAAGCAGGAAGCCAGUGGCGCAAGCCUGAAAGACAAACAUCACUUGGAGAGACUACAUUUGUUCUGGAAGGGUGUACGGAAUGGAUAUGACAGUGACGGGAACUACAAUGAAUACGACAGUGAUUUGAGCUAUAGUGACAGUGAUAUGAACUCUGAAAAUGAAUGCGAUGGUAACAUGAUACCCGAACCUUCUAUGCACUCAGAAACAGAAGAGGAGAGACUGCAAACGACUGAUAGCAAUGAUGUCCCUAGUUUAGAUCAUAUUCCAGACACAGCAAGUGAGGUGCUUGAAGGUCUUGAACCACAUCGCAACCUCAAGUAUCUAUGGAUAUCUUGGUACAAUGGAGCUAAAGCACCAACUUGGCUUGCCACUUCACUUACCCAUCUGCAAACACUCCGUCUAGAAAAUUGUGGAGAAUGGCAAAGACUUUCUUUAGAAAGGCUAUCACUACUUAGAAAGCUUGUGUUGAUCAAGAUGAAGAAUGCAUCGGUACUCUCAAUUCGUUCACCGGAGGAGAUUAUUCUAAUUGGAAUGCAAAAGCUUCACACUGUCACUUUUGGAGAGAAGAUAGAAAUUGGGGAUUUCAACUAUUGCAAUUGACUUAGCUCAAAGAGCAUAUAAAUAUGUACAAGAGAAGUAGAAAUGUCUAUAAUACCCUCAAUACUCUUAACACCCCCACUCAAAUGCAAUGUGUAUGCAAUAACAUUGCAUUUGAAAGGUAAACUAAACACUAGAACACAAUCCAAAUAUUAGCCUAUCUCCAAAGCCUUGAUGAUGUCGUCGAAGUGUGCCAAUUCUAGGAUGAUGAAGAAGAAAAGAUGUAUCCCCUUCUCAAUGAACUGGACCUUGGAGCCUUCACAAACUGUUCUUCGGCUCUUCAUUGAUUCGGAGAUGUUGAUGAUGAUGAUGAUGACAAUGGACCUUCACAAACUGUUCUUCGGUCCUUUGACUGAUGAUGAGACAUUGAUGUUGAUGAAGGUCCUUCACAAACUGUUCUUCGGACCUUCACUGAGUGAUGAUGAUCAUGUUGACAAGCUCCGACAUGGAGAUGAUGAAGUGACAAUGAAGGCCAGCUCCGACGGGGAACUGGUGAUGAUUAAAGCCAACUCUGACAGCGAGUUGGUGAUGUAGAAAAGACGAUGAAGA